UGACAGUGAGGAGGCAGUGCGGGUACAGUGAGGGUGACAGUGCGGGGGCGGUGAGGGGUACAGUGGCGGGUACAGUGAGGGGACAGUGAGUACAGUGAGGGGUACAGUGAGUGGUACAGUGAGUGGUACAGUGAGUGGUACAGUGAAGGGUACAGUGAGUGGUACAGUGAAGGGUACAGUGAGUGGUACAGUGAAGGGUACAGUGAGUGGUACAGUGAGAGGGCAGUGCGGGGUACGUUGACUACAGUGAGGGUACAGUGAGUACAGUUCCCGGUACAGUGCGCGGGACAGUGCGUUGUACAGUACGUUGUACAGUACGCGGUACAGUGCGCGUGAACCGGGGCUCCUCCCCCCCCCCCCGUCUCUUCCCUCUAGGUCGCCUCGGCCUCAAACGAGGACCUGGCGCGGGCAUCCGCGUCGACUGCCUCUACGGCUUGUGCCGUGGUUGAUGCGAUUUAGGACGGAUCUGUGAGCGGCUUCGUGGAAGAUCAACCCCCAAGGCGCGGAUUCUCCGGCUGUUGGCUCUUCGAGACGGGCCGUACCCCCAACCAUGAGCGCAGCAGCAGCAGCAGGAGCAGCAGCAGGAGCAGCAGCAGGAGCAGCAGCAGCAGCAGGAGUCUCCGACAGCGGCUCGGACCAGAGCGGAGCGGCGAGCCCGGGCGGUGGAGUGCAUCCCGCGUCCACGGACGACGCAACGCACGAAAGUCCAGGGAGCGCGAGCGAAGGGGACGUGACAGUCGGAGGAGGAGGAGGGGAGGAGGACGACGAGGAGGAGGAGGAGGUGGACGCCGCAAAGGACGAGGUGCCCAGGCUGCGACGGUGCUCGUACGAGGGCUGCGCCGAAACGACGGCUCGCUCCGCGCGGCAGGCCGGGCAGCUCACCGCCACCGGCAGCCACCACCACCACGCGGCGUGGAUGUGUAAGAAGCACAAGAACAAGGCGUACAAGGCCAAGUUCAAGACCAAGAAGAAUUUCUCGGCUGGCGGAGCGAGCGACGGAGGCGCCAAGGACAAGAAGGACCUGGCGACGGCUCAGCAGCGACGGGGCACCCCCAUCAAGGAGCCGCCCGUUGGACGCAAGGCCACGCUGCUCGAGUGCGUGCUCAACCAGAAACGGCAGGCUCUGCUGCGCAGUCCCGCGGUCAUGCAGACGUUGCGGGAGCACCAGCAGAAGUGCCUGCAGACCUUCGCCACCGACAUGGAUCCGCAGCCGUGACGGACGCUCACCGUCUGCAUCGUUCGCUGGCGGCGGUGGCAGGCACGUACGCAUGUUGUACGCAUGUUGUACGCGUGUUGUACGCAUGUUGUAUGUAGUGGGGAGCGGCAGCAUAGGCGGUUGGCAACCCCGCGCUCCGAGUCCCGCUCACGGCCACCAACGCCGUUGACGAUUAUCUGAACCGCUCCUGGGCCUCCCCUAGGUCGACUCGGCCUCAGAUGAGUACCCGGCGCAGUGUGUAGUAAACAUCGCCACUGGGGAGACAAAGGCGGUCGGGCGCGGUGCUGGCCUCCCACCCCCUCGUGUGCCGUGCCGGCCUUCAUAGGUGCUACUCGCUAAUAGCAUUUGCCCCAACAGUCUGUUAAGGGCAGAGGUCGCAAUCGGGUACCCGAUACCCGUACCCUACCCGAUACCCGGCUACCCGUACCCAGCCGGGUACAGGUACAGGUACCCGUUUGCGACCCUGGUGCGGCCGGGUACGGGUAGGCCGUGAGUCACUGGUGAGUCACCGUUUGUCACUCAUUUCCCAACGUCUUGUCUCUUCUCACAAUUCAAGUUGCUAGAAUCAACCCACCCGCGCCUGCAACAUGGCUUCAUCCCAGAGGUCGCAAUCGGGUACCCGUACCCUACCCGAUACCCGGCCAGGUACGGGUAGCUGGGUAUCGGGUACGGGUAUCGGGUACCCGUUUGCGACCCUGGUGCGGCCGGGUACGGGUAAGGAAUCAAAACCCGUUUGCGACCUCUGGUUAAGGGUGGUUUGUGUAUGGUAUGUAUGUUGAACUUCUUGCACACCGUACGUAGCUAACCGCGCUAAUCGGAGGUACGGGGGAAGGACAACGAACUAAACACAACAACAACAACGAGCAGUUCUAAAUAAAUGAGUUUCCGGUGGCUUCCUAAUAUCGGAAGGAAGAGCGUUCCAGACGGCCGCAGAAGCGCAUCUGAAAGCGCCGCGCGAUGCCGUGGCCACCGCCUUUGUUCGAUGGCUGAAACAGAAUCUGCGGUGACGACCAGAGUUCGCGUGGCGGUUUAUGUUCCUUGACGAGAUCGGCAAGGAAGCGUGGUUCAUUUGUGGCGAGCGCGGUGCACAUCGUGGCCAGCGUCGCCGCGUGUCGUGGCUCGUUUAGGGUCGGCCGUUGUUUUAAAGCAACUUCAGAAUGAGAAUCUUCACGUUCGCACUGGAGGAAUCCGAUGAGCUGUGAAGAUAUUUCUUUAUAGAUGUCCAGUGGUUUACGGAUGUCCACUGGAUGUCCACUCUAAUGGAGCUUCCCAUAGGGCCAGUUUGGCUUUACUCUUUCCCAUUCCGAUGACGCACACGCACGUCGCGAAAACGAAAGCGGAAAGAAAACUGCAGUAACUUCAUCGGAACCGAGGCUCCCACAAGGCCGUGCGGGAGGGCCGCGUGGCAGAGUGUUGGCGCCGGCGAUCGUAGAACGCCGGCGGUCGUGCCGCUACGGUUCUCUGCGGUGAGCGGCGAUGUCUUUAAAUAAACACAACGGCGCCGCUGCUACCACGCCUCUUUGAAUCAAAUGAACGCCGUGCCGCUUCCACCGUUCCGAGAUUCAGCGGCGAGCGGGAAGUCUCGGAAGGGGAAAGGGUCAAGCCUCUUGUGACUGUGGAGGUGUAGUAGUAGGUUUUUACCCUUUCAACUGGUACAAAACUGACACCUUUAUUACACAAGGCAUCAUGUUUGCAAUAACCGCAACACAAGCAGUCAAAAUGCAAACUAAAAGAAACAACUCUGAUAAUGGUAAUGAUAUGCACUGUCCUUGAAGUUGAUUGGUCCACACCCGAGACAGCUUUCCUUAGAGCCUAGUCUCCAAAAGGCGUCAUCUGGUCCAACACCAAUGGAGACUAGGCUCUAAGAAAAGCUGUCUCGGGUGUGGACCAAUCAACUUCAAGGACAGUGCAUAUCAUUAUCGGAGUUGUUUCUUUUUGUUUGCAUUUUGACUGCUUGUGUUGCGGUUAUUGCAAACAUGAUGCCUUGUAUAAAGGCGUCAGUUUUGUACCAGUUGAAAGGGUAAAAACCUAUUACUAUAUUUUGCCGCUGGUAAAGGAGAUGUCUCAAAGUCUAAAUGUGGAGGUGCUCCGCGCACCUCCAACUGGCACGGUGGGUUGCGUACGGUGCGAAAGAAGUUCAACGCGCACACACACACACUGUCUUCAUCUUCUUGGUUCUUUCGGUAAAGUCACGUAGAAGGGAAAUAAUAAAAUAAUAAAACAUAAUUUUAUAAUUCUCACGACGUUUCGGCCACAACACAAGCAGCCGUCCUCAGGUGAAGAACAGGUCUGUCGGAAAGACAGCGUCUGAAUGAGACGCUGUCUUUCCGACAGACCUGUUCUUCUAAGAAUAAAAACUCUUACUCAAGAAAAACUGAAAUGAAUAAUAAAAUAAAACCGAUGCCACGCAUAUAAAGGAUUUAUAGUGAAAAACUUUGUUUUUACGGGUAAAUUUUUAAAGACGUCGUUACACCGCAGAGAACUCCGGCGACGCGACCGCCGGCGCUGUACCGUGCCGCACGGCCUCGCUGGUGACGUACACGCUUGCAUCAUCGGAAUGGUCGAGGGUGAAUGGUCUUCUCAGGAGAAGAGGCGAGGGGGUUGAUGCCCCAGUCUGUCGACCAGACACUCAGAAAUGGUGCAUCAGUGAGAGUGACCUUCUUUUUAGGUGUAUGUCGUACAUGUUUUAAGCGGUUGUGAGAAAUUGCGCUUUGUCCAGGUUGAUUGAUGUUGAAACGAAACAAACAUCGUAAGUUGCGUCUCUUCUCUGUGAUGUACGCAUUCUGGGUUCCUGAAUAAAAAAGAUUUUUGUUGAACGU